AUGGAUUGUUUAUUAGUUGCAGAUAAUAUCAUCGUUGCUGCUAAAGGUAGUUUUAUUGAUUGUUUCAUUAAUCAGAAUCAUAAAAUAAUCUCAAUUGAAGAUUCCCCUGACGCCAAUAAUUCAGUAUGUGAUUUAGCUAUUUCUAAUAAUAAUGAAUAUUUUGCUACAUUAACUUCGGAUAAGAAUCUAACGAUCUAUAGACUUCCUUCCUUUGAUCGUGUUAAUUUAUUUAUAUUGCCAAGAAGCGCAAGUAAAAUCCGAUUUGGAGCCGAAAACACUCACAUAUUUGUAGCAGACAAAACUGGAGAUGUGUUAUUUUAUGAUAUAUUAAAAAAUGACAGUGGUGUUAAGCUCUUGGGACAUUUAAGUUUUCUCUUGAAUGUUUUACAAAGUCAAGACGGAAAUUAUCUGAUAUCAGCGGAUAGAGAUGAAAAAAUAAGGGUUUCAUGCUAUCCUAAUACAUAUAAUAUACAAACAUACUGUCUAGGACACAAGGAAUAUGUAAAUCACAUUGAAUUUCUUCCCCACAAUAAUAGAUAUCUAUUAAGUGCAUCUGGUGAUGGAACUAUAAAGUGUUGGGAUUAUGUUGUUGGACAUUGCACUUGUACAAUUAACACAAAAAAUGAUUUAAGUGAUCCAAGACUUCAGGAAGAAUUCAAAAAAAUUAUGGACGAAGAUGGUAUUGAAGUAGAAAGCCUUCCCAUAGUCCAUUUUACAACCUCAAAACUUAAUGAUAAUACUAGUUUAGUAGCAAUUUCAAUUUAUUCAUGUAAUAAUUUGCUUAUAUAUACUAUACAGACUGGUGAUCAAUUCCAAUGCCAUUAUAAACUUACUGGAACAUUACAAUUAAAAGGUUUCUUAAAUUGUAUAGAUCUUUUUAAUACAGCACUGUAUGUGUUUAACGGCAGCAAUAAUAUAUUAACAAAAUAUGACAUCACUAAUUCUGAUAAUAAUAUUGUUAUUAAUGAAUCACUAACAAUAGAAAUGUUAAGUAAUACUAAAAUUGAUGUAAAAAUUGACAUGGAACAAAACAUUAAGAUUUUGUUUAAGCGGAAGUUUGACAAUGUCCAAGAGUAUCAAGAGCGAAAAAGAAUAGAUUAG